AUGAGACUGGCCUUAUUUAGGACUGGAAGGAAGAGAGUAUUACGAAUUGCUCUAUUUGAUCUAGUCUCGAUAAUGGAAGAGACUCGCAGGCACAACAACUGCAGAACUAGCCCAUCCUUCUCACUUCACUCCUCUUGCUUGGAACUGAACUUCAAGCUGGUAACUUCACUUCGCAAGCUUCAAAGCGGGAUGCUUGCGUCACUGAUAAGUCAGAGAGGGAAAGGAGGCUUGGCUUUCUUGUCUUUUAUUAACCCUCCUGUCGCUUUGACUCUUCUCACGAAUUGGAUUUUCACCAAGAACGUCUUCCAACUCCGCCUUCCGCUCUCUCGUCUUUCACUGCUAGGUCAGCUAGCCUAUUUCGUAGUCAGGUGGGAACUGCUAGAAUGCCUUCGAUCCGUUGACCCGGGCAACCUCGCCUCUCACCGACUCGAGCUAUAA